ACCCAUACGUCAGGAGUGUACGUGGCCCAGCGAAGCUCUGCCUAAACUCCCACCCACACCCCACACCCUCCCCUUCCCUCAGACGGCAGUGAACCAACCCAGCCCGGCUGCACUGUGCUGUUAUACUUGGAGGGACUAACUUGUUGGCAAUGUCUGAUGUCCGGCCUUCCCCCACGUUUUCGCAGCUAACCGUCUGAAAAAGCCCGCAGUCUUCAAUGGUUCUACUCAAUAUAGGAUGGGACUUACGUUGAACGGAGUGUACCUUGCACUUACUCUCGCUGUACAGCUCGCUUAUCUGUUCCAUACUGUGCGAGCAGCCGGCAAGUGCGAUGCGGUGUUUAAAGGAUUCUCGGAUUGUUUGCUGAAAUUGGGAGACAACGUCGCGAACUAUCAGCAAGAUAUGGACGACAAGCAGAAUGUGGAAACCAUCUGCUCAUACUGGAACGACUUCCACGCAUGCGCCACGACUGCCAUCGCAGAUUGUCAAGAUGGAGCAACCGAUGUUUGGGAAAAACUCAAAAAAGAUUCCAAAAACCUGGAUUUCGAAGGCAGUUUGUUUGACCUGUGCGAAAGGAAUAACUCUGCAAUAAGCCCCCAGUGUUUCACUUUCGCCGUUUUAACAUUGUCCGUCUUACUGACCUGGAUCCUACUGUAGAGACAUCACACACAACAAAAAAAAAGCAUUUUUGCAAACGCGCCGCCCACCCGCCCAUGUUGUGUGUGUGGGGAUGUUGCAAAAAAAAAUCAUUUCAGAAUGACAGGACCUUGUGAUUCGUCAGUGAGCCAGAAGGUAUUUGCCAGGAGUGGAAACUGUCUCACGUCUCUUUUCUUUUAAAUUAUUCUUAUUUCGUUCUCAUUAAUUUACACACACAAGCGGUUUUUUUGUGUCAUUUGCCAAAAUGUUACCGAGGAGCGUCAACCCUCUGAAAACAACAAAAGAACUGCAACGAGAACUCACUCAACAAGAGGAUAUCUCUAACCAGAUGCAGACCAGAACCCCAGAGUUCGGUUCAAAACUCAGGAACGGCCUUUGAGCCAGAAGUUAAAGUGUUGUGAGCCCUACGGAGGAACAGAGAGAGAGAGAGAGAGAAUCAAGCAGCUGGCCACUCUAUUGUGUGAAUCUUGGUGAUUAAACACCUUCGCUGUGUUUCUUACUGCCACCACCUAGUGUGUAUUGAGGUCUUGUGCUUUUUAUCAUUGUAGAACUCUCACGGGACGUGACAAGAAAACUAUAGUGAUCGCCUCCCUUUCCAAAAAUAACAGAAACCCGCGAACAAUUCAGAUCGCGGUCAGCUCCCCUUCCCCUACCCCUCUCUCUCCGGAGAAUCGCAAAAAUUGUUUCCUACCCGUAAAAGAUAUCCUCAUCCUCACAAGCUUCUUUUUUCUUAUUUUUUAAAUUUUAAAUAUAUAUAUAUAUCUAUAAAAUAUAUAUGCUCACUUAUUUUUGGAUGUCGCGUAGCAGAGUAGAUCACUAAAGGGUCUUAAAUGUAUCUCAAACGAAACAGUAUGAGAACCAAUCGUUAUUUUAGAAAUAAAAAAGUUACUCUCAAAAGCAAACCGGCAAAAAAUAUAGCUACAAAUCCAGAAAUAAAUAUAUAUAUGAGUUUUUUUGUGGUUGAUAUAACAGUGUCGCUUGAUGUUUGAGCGAAAAUCAGAAAUAUAAAAAAUGUUAAAACUUGCUAGAAUAUGGUUAUAAAGCUCCUGUUGUACGAUUUGUAUUAAAAUAAUGAAUUUUAAAAAUAUCUUAAGGCCCAGAAUGUGGUUGUCCUGCUUGCAGCAUUAGGGCAGAUCAUUUCCUAAUUAAUAAUGUAAGAUCCUCUAACAGUAACCUGGCGACGAUCGAUUGGAAUCGUUUUCAGGUCUCUCAUUUGUAGUCUCCCGGUGUCCUCCGUUUAAAACAAAUAUAACGGGAAGUGGGGAAUGUAGUGUAGAAAGGACAACGUCAGAACAUCGAGUAGAGGAGUCAGUUUUCGGUCUAAUAUACAGCGGGAAAGGUCAAUAGAUGAUUUAUUGGACACAUGCUCUCCACAUAUGGAGCCACUGGUUGGGACACUUUGAAAUGAAUUUAUUCAGCGCUCUUGUAGGCGUUUUUGAACGUUUCCCAAAUUGGAUGCUGACGUUGCACUGUAAUGGAAUAUUUCUCCCGAGCGAAGCCGUUGAAAAUUUAAUGUGCCGGCCAGGACAAAUUUCCACCAUAAUUCAUGAACAGCCGGCGGGAAGCCGAUUUUUUUUUUGCAUGGAGCGGAUUAACCUCAGCAACAGCUCGCCUGGCUUAUGGAACCGAGCUUAGGGAGAGCUGUCCGGUCUCGGUGUAAACUUAAUGGGAAAUGCAUGUGACUUAGUGUUGACUGUGUCCGGGGUGGGGGGGGGGACUUUCUGAUUUCAUCAUUCUGGGGAGGUGUGCUGGCCUCAAUUAAUUCCCACAGCCGCGUCGGAUGGACUGAGCGGGUGGGGCGGGGGGAGGUGAAUCGUCCUGCCGCGUCUCGACCCAGUGCAAAAUGGAAAUGGAACAGCACCAUUUUUCUUUUUUUCAAAAAAAAACAUGAAUCACAUCCUAUCACAGUCACUCGGUGUAGAUUAAACAAGUGCUUCAGUCAACGUGUUUUAUUUGGGGUUAACAUUCGGUCUGUUUUUUACAUCAAAAAACAAGAGAUGGCAAAUGAAAACAAAUAAAAACAAAGGCGCAGAUUUCCAGCCUCUUUGUUUUUAUUUUGCUGAUUGUAAUCUUUAAAAAUGCAAUAAAAACAUCGAGAUGUUUAGCUUGACCGGACCAGGGAGGCGAGGAUAUCAGGAAUUGGAUGUCACAAACAGAAAUAUUUUCCCUAAAAAAAAAUUCCAAGUGAGAUAAUCUGUCUUUAACUGGAAGGACGUGAAUUGUAAACUGUCUGGGUAUUGUUUUGGUUUUGUAUUUUGUAAUGGCUAUCCCUAGCAGUAAGGUCCUUUCCUGAUAGAUGGGAUAUAGGAGCAGAGCCGUUUGAAAUUUUGCAGGAAGGUCGAAUUUGAGGCGCGCACAAGGACGUAGCUAGUCUAAUGCUGGCACAAAUGUCAACCCUAUUUUAGACCACAGUCCACCUUAACCCGAGUGGAACUAUUGUUCUAUUUUAGCUUUAACCACGACAGUUAACGAAUGUAAUGAAGCUGAGCUGAAUUUUAAUUCAUACUUUUGACCGUGGGGCUUGCAUUCUGUUGAAUGGCGAAGUGACUAAAACAUCGGAUGAGAAAUAUUGGAUAUGUCUCGCCAAAACAAAAGGUUGUAAAACCCCCGAAAUUAUUUUAAAUAAAAGGUACAUAAUUGAGUGUUGCUGCUGGAUAUAAAUGACAAGUUAGGGUCAGGGUUUUGGUGCGGAUUUCUAAGCUGAAACUCCCCAGUUUGGAGUUUGACUUGGCGCCUUAGUUCCCAUUCCCAAUCCGGACACUCUCUGUCGCAUUCAACCCUUCCACAUCCAACUCCGGAGGAGGCUUGGUGCAAGUGAAAGUUAGCCGAGAGGAAAGGAGCGGUCGGCGAUUUGAGGCUGUUUCAGUCAGUCAGUGAGUGAGUGUGUGAGAUGGGUCCCUCCCCAAUGCAGCAGCUCAUUCCUCGCGCCUGGUGACUCCUUCAGACAGACAGGGAUACAGGCACCCCCCACCACCCUCGAGAGAAAGCAGGCAUGUAAAACAAAAUCCUCCGUUUAUAAUCACCGCGAAGGGUAGUGUCCACACAUCUGGGCCAGGAUAAACCCAACUCAUGUCCCACCUGACUCAUAACACAUCAGAGCAGGUUGUCUUUAUUUAAAUUAAAAGCUACAACCUCGCCAGAGAGGGUCCUAUGGCAAUGUCCCGACUUCUGAGCCGGAAGAUGCGGGUACCAGACCCAGUUGUCCCAGAAAUGUGUUAAUUGAAAGUUUUUUUCUCUUUACACCGUGAGUCGAACUGCCUGAUUGUUUCCAAAGUUCGUUUUAUUGUAGACUGAAGAAUAAUUAGUGUUGUUUUAAUUGUUAAAUGUCACGUUGGAUGGAAAAAAGAUCAGGCUCUGAACCACUGCAAUUUUACUUCGUGGGAAAGGGCUUAGAGAUUUCGGUGCAGUUCGAGUUUCAGUUUGAACGGAGGCGAUUGUUGAAGGGGAUUUUUAUUUUCGUUUACUGCGAGGGAUGAGGAGGAGAGGGUGGUAUAAUAAUCAAUGUUUCAUGAUUAGUUCUGCAGGCGGUAAGACAGCGUUGCCAAGGCGACAGCCAACGCGGGGAGGAGUUUAAUGACCAGCUUCAGGUGGGAGAUUUAAGCAAUGGGUUAGAGAGACACAAAAGCAAUACAUGGCGUUGGCAGAGAUAAAACGUUGCUGCUAAAGAGAUUUUCCCUUAAAGAUUAAACACAACAGAGAGAAAAAUAAUUGGGUUUUUGUUUUGCACGACUGAAGAGCACCAGACAUUUUUUUUCCCCCCCCAAGUGCCUUUUUUUUUGUUUAAAACCACGGUCCAAACUCUGUGAUCCCGGGAGCUGCUGUUUGUAGAGCGAGUGCCCGCUGUGGGGGUCGGCCGUGUUUCUGCUGCCGCCUAGGGGUCACUGAGCCGGGGGCUGCUGCCUGAGAUCACAGCGAGACGCGUGUUGCCAACACGUCCUGUCGGCUGUGUGCUGGGGCUUUUUAAAAAAAAACCCAGAGUCAGCUGGUAUUCAAUUAACUUCUCCUCCAGUCCCGUAGCAGCAGACCAGGAUCUCUGAAUGAGUUGAAUGGCAAAUCACAGAGUCGGCGUAUGAACGACUCAUGAAGAAAACAAGUCAGGUAUGCGCUAGAGUUACAUUUCACUGUUGGUCAUGGAAGGCGCACCAUUGCAGUCAGAUGUAGCAGUAUCCCUGAACUCAUACAUUCCGCACAUUACAAUUGACACCUUAAUGCUGGACGAAAUUUGACAAAAUGUUGAUCAUGAGAUCUAAUUUGCAGCAUGGCAAGCAUUUUAUUUAUUUUUAAAAGUCCUUUUUUGCGCUUUUGCCUUUCAGAAAUAAACUAAGAGCAACACUGUCUUAUUAAAGUCUGUAAAUUGUCCCAAAAUAAUUUUAUUGAAAUUGUCUCCAAGUGUCACAAGAACGUAUCAUCACAUUCCCUCAAAUGCUGUGCACUUUCAGCGGUUUUCACCAAACGCCUUACAUGUCGUUGAAAAGUUGCUUGUUUUUGUUAUGGGACGGCUAGUAUCUAGACUUCCCGUUCUGAGGAAGGGUCACUGCUAACAAACCUGCUGAGCUUUGCGAGAAAUGUCUGCUUUUGUAUCUGGACUCCCCAGUUCAGCGCAUGAAUUGGAUGCGCACCGACGCCGUGGGAGUCUGUGAAAUCUCCCUCUCUUUAGUCCCCCCCUCGAGUAGGAUUCGUACUCCGGCCAAAACGCUUUGCCCAGCUUGUCCAGCGAAGGCAGCGGGUUUGCUGAGACACACACAGGGCCAGAGUGACCGUUUCAACAGCGGCUGCAGCUACUUGUGCGGGUGAAAUUCUUAAAGAGAAAGAAAACAGACUGUGAUAGCAGACCAUCACAAUACAUCCCACCAGCCGAAUUGGCCCUACCGCCAGUAGUUAGUUGCUUGUGGAAAUAGGUUUUUUUUUGCGAAUUCCAUUAAUGGGUCCAAUAAAAUAGCAUUCGAAGUAGUUACCUCAAUUUGAAAAAAAAGUAAAGACCAUUCGCAAAAUUUGUCGUUUUGCCGCAGUCAUUAACAUAGGGUGAUUUUUCUCUCUUGUCUUUUUGGUUCUCCGUCUGUUUUGAGAUAUUACACAGCAUCGCGGUCAUUAUUUUUACAUAAAAGCUCUUGUCUUCAAAAAGCGAAGUGAAUUAAGUGUGUUAAAGUAUGAUUCCGGUUAAUGCUUACACUCCCAUCGAAGUGGAGGGAUGCCUUUUACCCUUGUUUUUUCUGUAAAACCCCUGUCUUCAGAAUCAGUCCCGAACGAACCUGUGCAAACGUGUUGUGAUUGUAACUGCCUGAUGUGUUGUAAAGACCCGCGAUUUUAUUUAUUUACUUUUGAGAUAAUUUUUGUUUUAAUUUUUGUUCGACGUUGUAAUAAAACGUUGCAGCGUUGCCUUGGCCUCUGUUAAGGAAAUGAACGUGAGAUGAGCAGAAGGGGUAAGGUCACAGGGCGACGGCAGAUGUAUGCUUCAAUAUUUGGAAAAUGUCUCCAUUAGCAGAUCCUGAGCCUGGCCUGCCGAGGGUGUCCGGCGGAAGGAGGAUUGCAAGGAGAUAGCAUGCCGGCGGCUUUCCCUCCGCCGGUCCUAUUGCAAUAACAUAAAUAACGAGGCAACUGGAUUGACCCUUAUUUGCCACACGUUUUUGCAAAUCGCCCAGCUCCACUCUUCUGCUUACCAUGAAGCCAAUUUCUACAUGCAUGGGAUUUCUCUUUAGUUUGCAGAUUCACCCAGUGUUACGGUGCAGGCAUGUCUUAUUCAUCCAGACCUGGGCGGUACGUUACCGACUGUUAAACUGGACAAUUACAUUUCUGUACCCCUUUGAUCUGUGGGAAUAACGUGGAAAGGAGAUGGGAAGAGAAUCGAAUCUCUUAGGAUUUAACAUUUCUGUCGUAGAGCCAGUUUAUUUUUGGAUUUGUCGACUUCCAUUUAAAUUAUAAACAAUGCUUUUUUCAUUUAAUUUUUAAACAUAUUCGUUGUGACAUUUUAUUUGUAUUUUGAGGAAUUCAUAUACAGUAUUUUCGAAAAGCAAA